AUGCUAUGCCAUCGGCUUUUAGCUAGACACCCUACUAGACUAUUUUCAACGGCCCUGUCCGUAUCAAUUGCAACAAUGUCAACUACUGCUGCCCCUCCCCUGAAAAAAAUGCCCUCCGCAUUAACCUUUGAUCGUCACGCCAAAUGCUCGACAACCAAGGCCCGCGCAUGUACCCUUCACCUACCACAUGGCUCAGUCCCUCUGCCGAUCUUCAUGCCCGUCGCGACACAGGCGUCUCUCAAGGGCCUGACAUACGACCAACUGCGAGAGACGGGAUGCAUGUUGUGCUUGAAUAAUACAUACCACUUAGGGCUGAAGCCCGGUCAAGCGGUACUGGAUGCUGUGGGUGGGGCGCAUAAGUUGCAGGGCUGGGAUCGGAAUCUCUUGACGGAUAGUGGGGGUUUCCAAAUGGUGUCGCUUCUGCAAUUGGCGACUGUCACAGAAGAAGGCGUGCGCUUCCUCAGCCCGCACGAUGGCACGCCAAUGCUAUUGACCCCCGAACACUCUAUCUCUCUUCAAAAUUCUAUUGGAUCUGAUAUUAUCAUGCAAUUGGACGAUGUGAUUGCUACCACUUCGCCGGAUCAUGCUCGCAUCAAGGAAGCCACGGACCGCUCUAUUCGAUGGCUAGAUCGGUGUAUUGCGGAGCACAAAUAUCCUGAGCGACAAAAUCUUUUCUGUAUCAUCCAGGGCGGUUUGGACUUAGAAUUGCGAAAACAGUGUUGUGAGGAGAUGGUAGCGCGAGAUACCCCAGGAAUUGCCAUUGGUGGUUUAUCCGGUGGUGAGGCGAAGGAGGAAUUCUGCAAAGUAGUGGAUACAUGCACUGAAAUCCUCCCAGAACAUAAACCCAGAUACGUCAUGGGCGUGGGUUAUCCCGAGGAUAUUGUUGUAGCGGUGGCUCUCGGUGCAGACAUGUUCGAUUGUGUCUGGCCGACGCGCACAGCGCGCUUUGGCGAUGCUAUUGUCUCUUCUGGUACCCUGAAAUUGAGCCAUAAAUCAUACGCCGAUGAUUUCAGUCCCGUCGAGGAAGGCUGCCAGUGCGUUUGCUGCCGUCCAACUGACCAAGGUGGUCUUGGACUCACUCGAGCAUACAUGCACCAUAUCACAGCAAAAGAGACUGUCGGCGCUCACCUUCUAACCAUUCAUAAUGUUCAUUACAUGUUGACAUUGAUGGGCAAGAUCCGACAGGCUAUUAUCGAUGAUCAAUAUCCUGCUUUCCUUCGCAAGUUCUUCUCCGAUAUCUAUGGAGGUGAUCGAUCCAAGUUCCCCGCGUGGGCAGUGGGGGCUUUGCGGGGAGUUGGAGUGGACUUGCUGGCUGAUUCAUAA